AUGAAUGAAGCAGUUGAUGCUGCUAACAAGAAUAUCAAAAGAAUAUUGCGGAAGAUGAUUGAUCAUUACAAGCAUUGGCAUGAGAAUUUGUCGUUUGCCCUCCUCGACUAUCGCACCACCAUUAGUACAUCGACUGGGGCAACACCUUAUCUUUUGGUUUAUGGAACAGAAGCAGUAUUACCAAUGGAAGUUGAGAUACCAUCCCUGAGGAUUAUCCAAGAAGCUGAAUUGAGUGAUGUCAAAUGGACACAAAGUCGAUAUGAACAGUUGAUGCUCAUUGAUGAAAACAGAAUGAAUGCAGUUUGUCACAAACAACUUUAUCAACAUAGGAAAGCCAAAGCUUUCAACAAGAAGGUAAGACUUAGACAGUUCGACCCGGGACAAUUGGUUUUGAAGUGGAUAUUCCCACACCAAGAUGAAGCUAAAGGGAAGUUUGCGCCUAACUGGCAUGGGCCUUAUGUGGUUCACCGAGUAUUUCCCGGAGGAGCAUUGAUUCUAGCAGAAAUGGACGAAAAGAUAUGGCUGAAAGUCAUCAAUUCGGAUGCGGUUAAGAAAUACUAUGUCUAG